UUAUUUUUUAAGCCUAAGUUGAAACGAUUUCGAGUUCUUUGUUGCCUCCUUCUACUUGAUGCAUUUAUUAAUGGGUACAGGAUUUAUAAGUACGACAACAGAUUAGAUCAAAUUUCAGACUGGCCUACUGGUUCCCUUGACUUAAGAGAUUACAUUUGGCCAAUGGACGACACUGCCACAAUAAUUCCUCGUAAUUUCUGUGCAGAGAAAACCUUUUUGCUUAUUGUAGUAGAGUCAGCUGUUAACAACUCUAUGAGACGCCAGGAAAUUCGGGAAACCUGGGGAAACACAUCCGUCUUUAAUUACCCAGUCUUUUUCCAACUGCAUGGACAUCUGAAAGGAAUGUAUUAUCCUCCAAGAAAAAGUCGCAUACAACGCUAUGCCGAAUAUCUUACGAAGCAAGAUAAUAACCUUUUGGCUUCUGUAAGAGUAGUGUUUAUAACUGGAAGGAGUAGGGAUUUCAAAUCCUUGAGGGAACUCCAAGUGGAGUCCGAUCGACACAACGAUAUCAUUCAGGAAUCUUUUAUUGAUAGCUACAAUAACCUGACUCUUAAAACUGUGAUGGGUCUCAAAAACGUGAAUAAUAGGUGUUAUAGCACAACUGCUUUUGUUCUCAAGGCAGAUGACGACACCUUUGUAAAUGUUCCCAAUCUUGUUCACAUUUUACUUGGAGGCACUGUACCUGUUAUUAUUAACUCCAAGCGUCAACCCUUGAAGCAUCAAUCCAGACUUUCUGCCACUAGCGAAAUUCUUCUCGGGUUGAAACGGUUGGAGGCGCGACCUCUAAAAGAUUCGAGUAGCAAAUCUUAUAUGCCCUACUAUAUGUUUCCGAACAAUCGGUAUCCAGUUUGUCUAUCCGGAGGAGGCUACCUCAUGUCCAUGGAUGUGGUGCAGCGAUUGUAUGUGGCUGCCAUGCAGUCGAAAAUUGUCCACAUGGAGGACAUCUACGUCACUGGGAUCUGUGCAAAGCGGGCGCAGAUAGUUCCUAUGCACAACGCACUUUUUGCUAUAUAUUCCUCACGAUAUCCGUGUGCUUAUAAACAAACCAUCAUUUUGCAAAAGUCAGAUGGAACAGCUAUGCAUGUGCUGUGGGAAUUCGUAUCGAACUACAGCAUAAAAUGUCCGUUGCAUCUUAAAUCUGACAGAUGAGGUUAAAGUUCUGCAAUAAAGAUGACAAUUUU